AUGGAUGCACACAUUUGCUCGUCACCUCUUGAUGGAAAGACUAUUAAAGUGGAACAGGCCACAAAACCUCAGUUUGAGUCUUCAGGACGCCGUGGUCCACCUCCAUCACGGAGUCAUGGCCCUUCCAGAGGUCUGCGAGGGUCUAGGGGAGCACCAAGCAGAGAACCCUUUUUUAAAGGCAUGUCAUCCAGAGGGCCACCACCACUGAAGAGAGGCCCCCCAGUGCGGAAUGGAGGACCCCCACCCAAGAGAUCUGCACACUCUGGGCCAAUGGGAAGAUUGUCCAGAGACAGGGACCCAUACAGCCCUCAUCCUCGCAGAGAUUCUCUGAUGUCACGGCGGGAUGAUGGUCCUCCACCUCGUGAUGACUACAAUAGGAAAGACAGUUACUCCAGCCGUGACUACAUGAGUUCACGGGACAGUCGAGACUAUGCCCCGCCACCACGUGAUUACUCAUACCGGGAGUAUUCGGGCCAUUCCAGUUCUAGAGAUGACUAUGGGUCAGGAUCCAGAGGUUACAGUGAUCGUGAUGGCUAUGGUGGAGGACGAGAGCCCAGGGGUUACAUGGAUCGGCCCAGUACGGGCUCCUAUAGAGAUCCUUAUGACAGUUACGGUAACUCGCGCAGCGCCCCACCCUCGAGGGGUCCCCCUCCGUCCUACAGUGGGAGUGGUGGAAGCAGUCGUUAUGACGACUAUGGCAGCAGUUCCCGGGAUGGAUAUGGCAGUCGUGACAGUUAUCCCAGCAGUCGGAGUGACCCAUACUCCGCUAGUCAUGGUGACCGUCCGGGUAGACGGGAGCGAGGGCCACCCCCUCUUGAGAGAGGCUAUCCUCGUGAAUACAGCAGCUCGAGCCGUGGGCCGCCUCGGGGUGGUGGCCGCGGCGGUCGGGCAGAUAGAGGAAUGGCCCGGAACAGAUACUGAGAUGGACUCUGUGGAGAAACAAAUAAAAUGGAGAAAUGAUGGCUUCUCGUUGAAACGUUCAAAAGACUUUAAGAUAAAAAAAAAAGUGCCCUUUUAAACUCUGGACUUCAAGCUUCAGUUUCAAGCUGUACUCAAACUUGUGAAAGUUUUUUAUAUAUUUUUUUUUUUUGUCCUUUUUAAAUUCAAAGUUUCAUUCUUUUCUCUUGCCCACUUCCCAUUUAAUGGUACCGUUGCAAAUCUAAGUUUGCUCUUUUUGUAUACUAGUGACUUGUUAAACCUGCAAUGCCCUAACAUAUGGCUUUCAUUUACCAAUAAAGUAUUUUUAAUCAAA